UGAACAUAACAGAACCGUGAAAUCUUUCUUUUUCUCAAACCGGAAAUUGAUAUCCUAUCCGCGAAAGAAAAGAAAAACAAACGGGACAGUACAAUUUAUAACAUCAAAGCUCGUCUAUCCAGGGCAACCCACCUGUUCACAGAAAGAAGUAUAGGGUGUAAAUGAAGGGCACUUUUGUUGUAUGGGUCGAAGGAAAAGUUAAGGAAGUGACGAAUGGAAGAAUGAAUUACCAAGAUGUUAAAUAUACACAGCUAUCUAAUAAAACAGAAGUAUGUUCCAGAUGUUGUACUCCACGUAAAUUGUUCACCUAUUUCUUCAUACUUGUUGUAACAUUAAUUGGACUACUAGUGACAUGCUAUAGUCAUAGCGGUAUAUGUAAUAAAUAUGAUUAUCGGAAGGUCCAUAUGAGACUUACCAAGCGCCGACUACCUCAUUGUAUUAUCAUUGGAGCUAGAAAGGCAGGAACAAGAGCGUUAAUCACUUAUCUUAAAGUUCAUCCAGAUAUUCAAACGGCUCAGUAUGAAGUGCACUUUUUUGAUAAUCAAGAAAAUUAUGAUUUUGGAUAUGGAUGGUAUCAAAAGCAAAUGCCAUACUCGUUUCCAGACCAACUGACAAUAGAAAAAUCACCUGCAUAUUUCACUGAAUCCAUUGUUCCUGGUAGAGUUUAUAGAAUGAACUCUACCAUCAAGAUACUACUUAUUGUCAGGGAUCCAGUACAACGCACUAUUUCAGAUCAACUACAGCUGAACUUUAAAGGACUGGAUAUGGGAUUGGAAGUGCAACCUUUUGAGGAAUUAGUUCUUAAUCCUAAAACUGGAAAUAUUGAUAUGAACUUUAAACCAGUUCACAGAUCUUAUUAUGAUGUUUACAUGAAAAAUUGGUUGAAAUAUUUCCCAUUGAAUCAAAUUCACAUUGUUGAUGGUGAUCAGCUGAUAGCCAAUCCUUAUUCUGAAGUCUAUAAAGUCGAAUCAUUCCUUGGAUUAAGACACGCAAUACCUCAAUCGGACUUUGUUUACAAUGCUACUAAAGGUUUUUAUUGUCUAAAAACAGAUACAGCAUACCAAAAGUGUUUAUCGGGGUCAAAAGGUCGCUCUCAUCCUCACAUACAGAAGGAGGUUAUUGAAAAACUUCAAGAUGUAUUUUGGAAACAUAAUGAAAACUUCUUUGAACUGGUCAAUCAGAGAUUUUUUUGGAACAAUAAAACCAUGACAUCCAAAAUUGGUAAAUAAAUUAAUACCUCAUUUCACCACACAGAGCAUAAGAAAUCAAAUUAACAUUUAUAGUACAGAUGGAUUUUUUUCUCAUAAUUAUAUUUAACUUUUCUGUAAGUAAAUCAAACGACUGAUUUUGUAUUAUUAGUUCAAAGACUAAGUACCAAUCAGAAAAAUCAGUAAAAGAGCCACAACAGGAAAAAUUAUAAUAUUUUUUUUAUUACGAAAAUGUAAUCAAUAUAUCGAGUCAUACCAUUGUUAAAUGUAAAACUAGUGCUUCCUGUUAUAAGGUUGCUUUAUCACAGUAACAUUUUAUUCUGUUAACUUUUAUAAAUGUCAGACACUGCAUUUUAAUUUUUAAUGAGCAUUGAGUUUUUUUAUUUGCAAAUAUUGUUUGUUUUAUAGAUAUUUAGAGAUGCCAAACUUUGCCAUUAUUUGUUAUGAUUUUUUCUUGCCUUAAGUAGACAUGUUGUCUCUGUUGGCAUACAGGCUGUUUGGUUGCUGACUCCCACUUGUUCUUCAAAAUUAUCAAACAUAUUCAAUAUUUUAUUUUUAUUUUUCUGUCUAUUGAAAAAAGUUAAAAUUUAUUGAACUGAAAGCAGAUCUGAAACAUGUGGAAGAUGUAGAGUGAUAUGAAUUCUGAAUCAAACAAGCAAAUUUUACUGAAGGCAAAUAUCACAUGUGUUCUUGUUUUAUUAUUUAAAAAUUGCCAAAUCAUCUCUCAGACUCACUAACUAAUAGUAUAUUUUCUGUAAAUUAACAAUUUGAUAUUGUUCAAAAGUAUUAUAUAUAUAUAUAUAUUUUGUUCUAUGUACCCAUGGUUGUACAUUUUUUACAAGUAAUCUAUUUUCAUACAAUAUUUAUAUCUUCAUAUCAAUAUCAUACAGAAUUAGUCUGUAGAAAAAAACAUAUACAUGUGAUAUAUAAAUCAUAGAAAUUAGGUACAUUUGUAUACAGAAGGUGCUACAAUGUGCAUUACAUUUUUUGUGUAUCUUUUACUUAUUUCAUUGUUGAUAUAGAGAAAUGUUCAAUUUAUACAUCACUUUUUUACCUGCACAUUCUAAUUUUUGUCACAUAUUCAUUUUUACAAUUUUCCCCUAAGACCAUACAUAGAUUUUUAUAUUGUCUCAAAGCUUGUGUGGCCACAUUGUAUAAGAAAGGUUGUACUUGUUAUCUGUUAGUUUGUUUAAAGCAUUAUAUACUGAUCUUUUUGAAACACUGAAACACGAUAAAUGAAAGAUGGUAUUGAAAAUUGGAAUUUUGGCUAAUCCAAUUACAUUAUGAAAAAAAAAAAGAGCCUUUAAAAAAUGUCAUGCUUUUUAUGCUCCAGCUGAAAGCAUUAUGUUUUUUGGUCUGGGGUUUGUUUGAUCCCUCGUCUAUCUGGCUUCAGGUUAAUGUUUUUGGUCAUGGUAGUUUUUGAUGAAGUUGAAGUCAAAUCAACUUGAAACUUUAUACACAUAUUUGCUAUAAUAUGAUCUUUCUAAUUUUUAAUUCCAAACUAGAGUUUUUACCCUAAUUUCAAGGUCCAUGUAACAUUGAAAAUUAUAGUGCAAGUGGAGCAACCAUGGUAUACUAUGGACACAUUCAUGUUUACAAUUUUUUCCCAGCUGUAAAAUGAUAUCAGAGGGUCUAUGUAAUAUAAUACUGUAUCUAAAAGCAGACAAAAUACCCAAAGAUGUUUCAAUACUGUGUUAACAGUCCUUUCUAGAAUGCUUGCAUUCAAAUUUCAUAUGGUGUUCAUGCUCUGCUCAGUGUAGACAACUUUUAUUAUUUUUAAGCUCAUCUGGAACAUGUGAGCCAUAAUCAUUGAUAAUUAUAUUUUGGAAUCUCUACUGUGUUUGAUUGAUCCCUGGAAUUUCAAGUGUAUAUAUUAUUUAUAUCCAAGAUUUUGAUUUACCAACAAAAAUUAAAAACAAGUUGCUUUCUUAAAAAAAAAAAGAGCAACAUGUGAACCUGGAGACGGCUGACUAUCAGCAUGUCGCACUCCUCUCUUUUAAGGCAUUAUUUGUAUUGAUUAUUAUUAAUUUUAAUCAAGCAUUACAUUUUACUGGUAAUAUGAAUUUUGUAUAUAAAUUUGUUUUUUGGACAUUUUUACACAGUUUAGAUAUUUGUAGAUUUUGACAAUGUUUAUUUCGUGUAGAUUUCAUUUUUCAAGAUUUUCUCUAUGGCACAUUUAUAACUUAUUAAAGGUUAUAUUGUUUAAGAUAUUCAUAAAUAUGU